UGGGAUGUCCUCUGGUUGGACCUGCCAAGAAAGAUGCUGCGUCCUUGCGGGGCGUGACAAGGGAAUUCAACCAUCUCUGAACUCACCCCUGAUGAGGAGCACUCAGACUCAGAGAUGGCUGCAAUGAGGAAGAGGUCCUCUGUCUGCUCCUCUUCGUCGGCUGAAGAAGACAGUGCAAACUUCUAUGACAAUGUUCUCACUUCUGCCACUGAUCUACCCAGUGAACAGGAACAUCCCUGUGCAGCUCUGCUCUGUUGUCAUCGUGUCCAAGACUCUCUGCUGAGCUCCAACAGCAGCUUCACUGGAUACAGAGGUGUCCUCAACUGGAUCAUCAUUCUCUUGGUCCUGACUCAUGCUCACUUGUUCCUUGAGAAUUUCAUACAACAUGGCUUUUUGAUAGAUGUCAAAAAGGUCUUGGAGCAUCUCAUUGAGGACAACUGCAACUGGCCAUCUGUCAACCUCAUUUUAGCUGCAAAUGCAUUUGCCAUUACAGCUUUGCUCCUUGAGAGGUUUCAGGAAAAGGGUAUGCUGUCCCCCACCAACGCUCAUCGUUUACAUCUCAUAAAUCUGAGCUUGCUGCUGUUAUUUCCUGCUGCAGUCAUUGUAUGUGAGCAUACAAUCACAACAGGUGGAGCAUUCUUUUCCCUCUGGUUCUACACUGCUCUGGGGAUGAAGCUUUAUUCAUACCAGGAAACAAACCGCUGGUAUAGACAGAGUCAUUUAAUUGAUGGAGAAAGGGACAAGAAUGUUUCGGUGGUACUAAAAGCCCACCACGAGCAGCUUACUUUUCGAGAUCUCUAUUACUUCCUGUUUGCCCCCACCCUGUGCUACCAGAGAGACUUCCCAAGCACUCCCAAGGUCCGCAUCAAUGUGCUCCUGCACAGGCUGCUGGAAAUGGUGAUCGUUAUCCAGAUCAUGGUUGGAAUUGUGCAGCAGUGGAUUGAGCCCAUCUUCCAGAGAUCAGAAAACUCAUUUUCUAGUAUGGACAUUACUAUGAGAGUGGAACACCUGGUGGGACUGGUGGCACCAACCCAUUUCCUCUGGCUGCUCUUCUUCUUCCUGUGUCACUCCUACCUGAACUUCUGUGCAGAACUUCUGCGCUUCGGUGAUCGUCUUUUUUAUGGAGACUGGUGGAACGCCAUAACUUUGAUUAUGUUCUGGAAGAACUGGAACAUUCCCUUUCAGAAAUGGUGUCACAGACAUGUAUACACACGGCUGGUGGAAAAGAAUGUGCCCCCAUCACGGGCAGAGUUACUGGUCUUCCUGAUGUCAGCUGCUCUUUUUGAGUACAUGAUUGCUCUGCCCCUGCACAGCUGUCGUCUGUGGAUCUUCCUCACGAUGCUGGCCGAGCUUCUGGUUGCAGUAUUCCUCGCAAAAUAUUUCCAUGGAAACUAUGGCAACGGCUUAGUGUGGCUGUGCCUGCUGCUGGGCCCUCUUCUGGCUGUGAUCACUUACUUUCAUGACCACUACAUUAGCCUCAAUCAUCGCCAGUCAUUGUCUUCACCGCUGACAUCAGACCACAGUCUUCCCAGUGCAGACUUCCUGCAGCGUCGCUGA